UAUAUAUAUUAUAAGCGCACGACUGAGUGUCACGUAACUGAAUAUCCAGAUUCAUCUAAAUUACACGUGAUUUUCACUCCGUACAAGAUGCUGCUGGCGUGCGUGGUUCUGGUGAUGAUGUUGUCGAUGUCUGUAACAGAAGGGUGUACCGAAGUGGGGCGGGCCUUUUAUUGGUCUCGAUGGGACCCGAUGGGGUAUUUUGAUUGUUCAUUGCUCUGUGGCGGAGAGGGUUUUAUCAAACAGCAUCGAGUGCGUGCGAGAUGUCUGAGUAAUGUUGGAUCACCGAUCGACGAGUAUGAACACAGGAAUAUCACAUGCGACAGACCACCAUGUGGAGAUUUGUGCCCACCUGGUGUGAAUAAGUUUCUUCCAAAUAGAUGGCACUCACAACGCUUCUACCAGUGCGCCAAUGAGAAAGCGUAUCUUAUGAGUUGCCCACGAAAGACUGUCUGGGCACAGAAGCUGCAGAGAUGUGCAUGGCCAUGGGAAGUCCAACAAUAACUCAGUGAUCUUAAUGAUUUACCUCACGGUCGUAAUAUUAAGUAUUUCGCUACAUUUUUAAAUUAUAAUUCUAUAGGUGCCUAAAUUAUUCGGUAACUCUGAAUACAAUAAUCGUUGCAGUACA